AUGGGAGCGGCGGCGGACGCGGAGUGGCUGCGCUGGGUGAGCAAACAGUUCGGGAAUGUCGCUGGGAAGGAGAAGGAAAUCAGCCUGGAAGAGUUCAAAUCCGCCCUGCAGGUCAAGGAGUCCUUUUUUGCCGAGAGGUUUUUCGCGCUCUUCGAUUCCGACGGGAGCGGCUCCGUGAGCCGGGAGGAGCUGCUGGGAUCUCUGCACCGGCUGCUCUGCGGGAAUUCCACGGAAAAACUCCGCUUCCUCUUCCAGGUGUACGAUGUGGACGGCAGUGGCUCCAUCGACGCCGAGGAGCUGCUGCUGGUGCUCCGGGGCUGUCUCCGGGAGAGCUCCCUGGCCCUUCCCGAGGAGCGGCUCGGAGCCCUGAGCCAGGCCCUGCUCCAGGCCUUGGACCGGGACCACAGCGGCUCCAUCACCUUCCCCGAGCUCCGGGAGCAGCUGGAAGCGUUCCCAGAGCUCCUGGAGAACCUGAGCAUCAGUGCCGCCAGCUGGCUGAAGCCUCCCAGUCCCAGUCCCGCUGAGCACUGGCUGUGCUGCUUUUCCCGGGAAUCCUGCCGGGAUCAGCGGGCCGGGCUGUGCUGCUUUUCCCGGGAAUCCUGCCGGGAUCAGCGGGCCGGGCUGUGCUGCCUGGGGGGCUGGGUCGCCAUCUCGGCGCUCCUGCUCGCCCUGGGGGCCCUGGGGCACCGCGAGCGCGGCCCCGCCCUGGCGCUGGCCCGGGGCUGCGGGCAGAGCCUCAACUUCAACUGCGCCCUGCUGGCCGUGAGUGCCCCGCGACACCGGGGGGACACCGGGGGGACACGGUGGGAGGGAGCCGGGAGGGCCGGGAGGGUCCCGGGGGCCCUGCUGGCCCAUUUCCCGUUCCCCCUGGAACUGCUCUGGUGCUGCGCCGCUCCCUCACCUGGCUGCGCCGCUCUCCGCUGGCCGCGCUGUUCCCGCUGGAGCUGGACCUGCCCGCUGGAGCUGCACCUGCGGGGCCACGAGCGCGUGGCGCACCUGGUGCUGGCCCUGGCGACCGCGCACGCGGGGGCACACCUGGCACACGUGGGGGGCCUGCGGCGGGCACGGCCGGGGGCGGGCGGCGUGGCCGGCACCGCCCCGCAGACCGGGCUGGCCCUGCUGGCCCUGCUCCUGGCCAUGCUCGUCUGCUCCAGCCCCUGCGUGCGGCGCGGCGGCCACUUCGAGGUUUUUUACUGGAGCCACCUCUCCUACAUCUCCGUGUGGUUCCUGCUGCUCCUGCACGGUCCCCACUUCUGGAAGUGGUUCCUGAUUCCUGGCUCCUUGUUUUUCCUGGAGAAGGUUCUGGGCUGGGUGUGGCGCCGGGCGGGGGAUCUGCACAUCCUGGAGGCCAAGCUGCUGCCCUCCAAGGUGACCCACCUGGUGAUCCAGAGGCCGAAAUCCUUCCGCUUCCAGCCGGGGGAUUACGUCUACCUGAACAUCCCGGCCAUCGCCGCCUACGAGUGGCACCCCUUCUCCAUCAGCAGCGCCCCGGAGCAGCCAGAAACCCUCUGGCUGCACAUCCGGGCGCGGGGCCAAUGGACCACCAAGCUCUACGAGUAUUUCCAGCAGCUGGAAUCGCACGGCCCAGAGCUGAAUCCACCUGGGAAGAGCCAGCACUGGGAACAGGAAGGAUCCGUGGCCUCCGGCAGGGAUGGAGCAGUGGAGCUGACGGCAUUCCGAGCCUCUGGAGCUGCUUUCCCAGGAAAAGACCUGGAGCAGGGGGGCUCCGGGCCUGGGGAGACCCCACGGAGCUGCAGCGUCAAGUGUUUCCUGGACGGUCCCUACGGAACUCCGAGCCAUCGGAUCUUCACCUCGGAGCACGCCGUGCUCAUCGGAGCCGGCAUCGGCAUCACGCCCUUCGCCUCCAUCCUGCAGAGCAUCGUGUUCCGGUACCGGCGGCGGAAGCAGAGCUGCCCCAGCUGCCAUUUCUCCUGGAGCGAGGAACAGCGGGAUGAGGAGAUGACGCUCCGGAAGGUGGAUUUCAUCUGGAUCACACGGGAUCAGCAGCACCUGCAGUGGUUCCUCGGCCUCCUGGCCAAGCUGGAGUCGGAGCAGGCAGAGCUGGAGCCGGGAGGGAAUUUCCUGGAGCUGCACCUGUACAUGACCUCGGCGCUGGGCAAGGGGGACGUGAAGGCUCUGGGGCUGCAGCUGGCCCUGGACCUGCUGGCAGCGCAGGAAAAGCGGGAUUCCAUCCGGGAUUUCAUCUCCGGGCUGCGCAGCCGCACCCAGCCCGGCCGCCCCGACUGGGCCAAGGUGUUCGGGAAGGUGGCGGCCGAGCGGCGCGGGAAGGUCCAGGUGUUCUUCUGCGGCUCCGCGGCGCUGGCCAAGGUCAUCCAGGGGCACUGCCGGAGCUUCGGCUUCCGCUUCUCCAAGGAAAACUUCUGACAGGCUUCAACUUCACCUUCUCCAGGGAAAA